AUGUCGAAGAAUGAUUCCUCCAAGACCCUAGAUAAUCCGACUCCACAAACAGCCAGAUAUAUCACAAAAGUAACCCCACCACGCCCAAUCUCAAGGUCGAGUGUCUUCCUGAUCUGUCAGAUCCAAAGACCCUCGUCAGCUAGAUUGGCCACAACCUCCUCUCCUCUCCUAACCAUCUCCACUCCAUGCCCACUAGCGCCGCUCUCUCACCCAUGGACAAGUCUUCCUGCAUUCAGCAAUAUCUUUGGUCCUGAAAUAAAUGACACGACUAUAUAUCAGCAAAGCAUCGCACCAGCAAUCCCCCAGGUUCUCGCCGGCUCAGACUACAAUAUCUUUGCAUAUGGAAAUAAUGGCAGUGGAAAACCUCAUUUGAUAGAUUCGCAAAACAAUGAGAAUCGAAUCGGAACUGGGUUUAGCAUUUUUGAACUUCGUAAGAAUACCGCGUUCUAUCUGUCGAGUGGACGCAAUAAGUGUUUUAUUCGUGAAGACUCGGACAAAAAAACACGUCUUCGAGGGAAAACUGAAGUUCUGGAUGGCGGCAAGUUGCGAGUCCAGGGUCUUGCACAAAUCGCUUGUUGGACAUUCGAAUCAAUGAAAGAAGAGUUGCAGAAGAGUCUUGGAAGAUGCUCAGUAGGAUCAUCAAGCGUACACGAUCAAAGCUCGAGGAUGCACGCAAUUCUGAAGCUUGAAAUUAUGAAUCGCCAGCUUAUUGAAGCGCAAAAUGUAUUGAUAGAACGGGAGGCAGAGUCGGUUCCGGUUGGCAAAUGA